AUGCAUAGGUGGGAAGUGUUAAUAAAGCAUACCAAUAUAUCAGUAAAAAGACUGUCGACCACGCGUUGGAGUGCACAUUAUAACGCCGUAAAACCUCUUCAAGAGAAUUUUGAAAAAUUUAUAGAAGCAAUUGAAGCUCUUUGCAGUACCAAUGAAAAUUUAGAUACAAGAGGAGCAGCUGAAUCUCUUUUGCCGGCAACAAAAGGUCUAUCUCUUGAUAAAGUUAUAAUAAAAAUAGAAGCUCUUAGUCUUUUUUUAAACGAAGAAAGGCAAAAUGUAGUUGACAAGGCACUAAAUAAAGCACUUUGUGUAUCAAAAGAACACGAUAUUCCAAUUGAGAGAAGAAUAAGAUUGAGAAAGAAGAUGGCGGGAGAAUUGAUAUGUGAUACUAAACUCACAAUAGAAGAAGAAAAUAAAAGAACUAUGUAUGAAUGUAUUGAUUGUCUAAAUGUUGAACUUCAAGCAAGAUCAAAACCAUUAAAAAAUAUUUUAGGUAUGUUUGAAUGUGUUCAAGCUAAAUUUUUAGUUUCUGAACAUAAUAAUGAAGAAGACUUGACGUUAUCUAUUAAAAAAUUAACUUCAUUCUAUGAUGAAAUAUCCCAUUAUGAACUAAUUUUUGAAAUUCCACGACUCAAGGGACAUCUUAAAGCAGCAAGAAUUAAUUUGGAAACGUUAGAAAAAGACGUAGAAGAAAUCAAACGAAGCUUAAACUUUCACGAACAUCUUUUUGAAGAAAAAAUUAAGACCACAAUUGCUUCUCAGGAAAAAAAACAUACAUCUGGCAUCGAUAAGCUAAAUCAUAGUUCCGACUAUGUUAAAAUAAAAAGUAAACUAAGAAAGAUGGAGGAUAGAUCUCGCAGAAACAAUAUAAGGGUUGACGGAUUAAAAGAAAGCGAAGGUGAAACAUGGAUUGAAAGUGAAUUAAAAUUCAGUAAAGUUUUUGAAGAUCAUUUGGGAUUAACAAAUAUUUGGAUUGAAAGAGCUCAUAGAACUGGCUAG